CAAAGAAUGAGGGUGAUUUUAUUAGGAUUGGUGAUUUUAGUAAGUUGUGUUGGUGCAGCAGCGGCGAGGGUGCACAGAAAUGCGUAUGCUACCAUGAUGUAUAUGGGCACGCCAAGGGACUACGAAUUCUACGUCGCCACACGUGUCAUGCUCAGAUCGCUCCGUCACCUUCAAGUCGAUGCUGAUCUCGUCGUUAUAGCAUCGCUCGAUGUCCCUUCCCGCUGGGUCCAAUCUCUGCAAGAAGAGGACGGGGCUAAGGUGGUGAGCGUUGAGAACAUCAAGAAUCCAUACAGUGAGCAAUCCGAAUUCGAUUGGAGAUUCAAACUAACACUGAACAAACUAUACGCGUGGAAGCUCGUACAAUACGAUCGAGUUGUGAUGCUCGAUGCCGACAACCUCUUCCUCCACAAAACCGACGAGCUCUUCCAAUGCGGCCAGUUCUGUGCUGUCUUCAUCAAUCCCUGCAUUUUCCACACUGGCCUUUUCGUGUUGCAGCCGUCGAUGGCCGUUUUCAACGACAUGAUCCACGAGUUAGACAUUGGGAGAAGCAAUCUCGAUGGCGCGGAUCAAGGAUUUCUCACAAGCUAUUUCCCAGAUUUGCUGAAUUCGCCUCUCUUUCUUUCUCCUCCAAAUGGGACCAAGCUGGAUGGGACCUACCGCCUUCCACUCGGAUACCAAAUGGAUGCUUCCUACUACUAUCUCAAACUCCGGUGGAAUGUGCCGUGUGGUCCAAACAGCGUCAUCACCUUCCCGGGUGCUUCGUGGUUGAAGCCGUGGUACUGGUGGUCGUGGCCGGUCCUCCCGUUGGGCAUUGAUUGGCAUAGAAAGCGCCUUCAAACUAUAGGAUACGGUGCAGAGAUGUGGAUUGUGCUGAUCCAGGUAGUGUUCUACUUGGGGAUAAUGGCUGUGGCGCGCCUAGCCCGGCCUACUUUGUCGAAGCUUUUCUACCGCCGCGAGGAGAAGAGUGUCUUCUUUAUACAAACCGGGUUCAAGUUGAUCGCCUUAUGGUCGAUUCUUGCUGCCUACUUACUCCCAAUUCUCUUCAUUCCCUACACGAUUCAUCCGGUCAUCGGAUGGAGCCUCUACUUUCUUGGAUCCAUUUCACUCUUGAUUGUCGCGGUCAAUGCUUUCUUGCUCCCAAUGCUGCCUGUUCUGGUGCCGUGGCUCGGAUUCUUGGGCGCUCUUAUCGUCAUGGCCUAUCCGUGGUAUUCAGACGGCGUUGUUAGGGCGCUCUCUGUGUUUGGCUACGCGUUUUGCAGCUCGCCCUUUUUGUACGUGGCGUUUGUGAGGAUCGUGUCUUCGUUGCAAGUUUUGCUCGAGAGGGAGGGCUUCGUGCCUAGAUUGGGAGAGAGUGCAUUGCCCUCUGGGUUGAGCAAGCUCUGUUGAAACAUGAGAAGAGCUUGUGAGUGAGCUGCCAAAAAUGUGCUUGAAUAUUGGAGGGGGAUGUGGAAUUGGAUUUUCCAAUGUAUGUGUUGAUUUGCUUCAUUCUCUUUCUUGUAAAUUUCUAUACACAAACAAUCAGAUUUUUACUCUUUUUUUUUCUAGGAUAAUACCAAUUGGAAGGGUAAGUUCAUUCUUUAGUAA